AUGUCAGGCUUGCGACUAAGCUGUCGCUCUACGGCAAAAAGCAAUGCAAUCUUUCAACAAAGCACACAGAAAGUUGAUGGUGCAAAGAUAGUCGAUUAUCUUCUGGCAGACGUUGGUGAAGGCAUAACGGAAUGUGAGAUCGUGAAAUGGUUUGUCGAGCCUGGCACUCGAGUGGAAGAAUUUGAUAAUUUGGUAGAAGUGCAAUCAGAUAAAGCAAGCGUUGAAAUCACUUCUCGCUAUACGGGAACAGUUAUAGAAUAUUGCUAUCAGGUUGGGCAGGUGGCCAAAGUAGGCAGUCCUUUGUGUCGUAUUCAGUUGGAAUCUGCGCAAAAUUCGGACGAAGAACCAGUUGAACAAGAUCAUUCGAAUGAAGCGAAAGAAGUUAAUGAGGAAAAACACGAGAAAGCCCAGGAUACUACAAAUCAUACAACUCAAGAAUUUGGAGCUAAAGAAGAAAGCGAGCCUUCUUCGUCUGCUUCUCGAUUUGCUACAUUGGCCACUCCUGCUGUUCGUCGAUUGACGAGAGAAAAUGACGUUCAAAUUGGUGAAAUUCGUGGUACCGGCAAAGAUGGUAGGGUAACAAAAGAGGACGUUCAACAAUUCAUUGCAUCUAAAUCACAAUAUAAACAAAAGACAACUGAUUCUGAACAUUCUAGUCAAUCGAUAAGAAAUUCCACUUUGGCCACAGAUACGAUUCCCAUUACAGGAGUACGUAAAGCAAUGUUCAAAGCAAUGAGCAACACUUGGACAGCACCUCAUUUUGGUUACAGCGAUGAGAUUGAUAUAACAACACUGGAAGCCGUCCGAAAGCGAAUUGUCAAGGCGAACGGGAAAAGCAUUAAAUCGAACGAAGAGUCAAAAUUGACUUUAUUGCCUUUUCUCUUGAAAGCAUUAUCGAUCACUUUGAACGAUCACCCUUUAUUCCGAAGCAUACUUGACACUCAAUCGAUGACAUUAAAACAAGCAAAAGAACAUCGUAUUUCGAUUGCAUUUGCAUCUUCAAAAGGUCUUUUAACGCCCACUCUUCAGGGUGAUGUUCGAUCUUUGUCUAUUAACGAUAUUGCUCGACAGAUAGGAAAUUUGCAAAGCAUCGGCGCAAGCCGAAAUUUAACACAAAGCGAAACAGGCAGCGGCGCUACCAUCACUUUGAGUAAUAUAGGCAGCAUCGGAGGAACACAUACAUUCCCUUUGAUUCCACCGACCGGUCAAAUGAUUAUUGGCGCUGUCGGCAGGGCAAGAAUUUUACCUAGAUUUGAAGGAGAUCCGGAAAAUGGCAAGGUCAGACCAGCAACAAUUUUGCCAAUAAGUUUUUCAGCGGAUCAUCGAAUCGUAGAGGGUAUUGAAUUGGCAAAUUUCGUCAAUGAUUGGAAACGAUUGCUCGAAGAUCCGAUGUCAUGGAUCGUGAAGAUGCAUUGA